UUGAUCCAAAUUUUCCAAAUAUUAAUUAACUUUUAAUGUCCCCAAAGAAUAAAGAACCUAAAACCAAGGAAAACACGAAAAGAGGAAAGAAGGAAGUGGACCCCGACAAACCAAAGAAGCCUCUGAGUGGUUAUAUGCGAUAUUGCAAUGAACAGCGUGAGCAGGUCAAGAAGGAAAAUCCUGAAUUGAAACUUACGGAGAUCUCAAAGGUCUUAGGUGAAAAAUGGAAGGAACUGUCUGAAGAGGAGAAGAAACCUUAUCAGGACGCUUAUGAAGCCGAUAAGGAGAAGUACGAUUUGCAGAUGGAGGAGUACAAGAAGACUCAUCCCACCGGAAAGAAGAAUGCGGAUCCCAACAAGCCGAAGAGACCUCUUUCUUCCUAUAUUAUCUUCAGUAAUGACAAACGUGAGGAAGUUAAAAGAAAGAACCCUGAUAUGAGUAACAAGGAGAUUACGACUCUGUUAGGAAAGAUGUGGAAGGAGCUGCCUGAAGAGGAGAAGCAGGAGUACGAGAAGCAGCACGCGGAGGAGAAGAAGGCUUACGAGGAAAAGAUGGGAGAGUACAGACGGGAGCAUCCUGAGCUGAAGGAGAAAACACCGAAGAAGCAGAAGGAGACGAAGAGCACAAUGAAGAAGGUGUCUUCUGAAGAGGAGGCGGUGGAUUCGAAUGAGGAGGAAUCGGAAAAUAUAUUUGAGAAUGAAUCUGAUUGA